AUGAAGAACUUCACCCCCGCUCUGGCUUUCGCCAGCAUCAUUUCCUUGGUCAACGCCCAUGGCUUCGUCACUAAGCCCGAGGCUCGCCAGCCCGGUACCGCAAUGGGAGACGCCUGUGGCCAGCAAGUCAUGUCCAACCAAGGCUCCGACAAGUACGGCAACGUCCAAGGCGAGCUGCAAGUGGCCUCCGGCCAGGAUGAUUACAAAGAAGCCGAGUGUGAUAUUUGGCUUUGCAAGGGCUACAAGUUUGCCGAUAACAAGGACAACGUCCAGUCUUACAAGGCAGGACAGAAGGUCCCCUUCACCGUCGACAUCCGCGCCCCCCACACCGGUGUCGCUAAUGUCUCCGUCGUGGCCACUUCUUCCAACAAGGUCAUUGGCGCCCCGCUGAUCUCCUGGGAUGUCUAUGCAUCCACCGCCAGCGGUGUCAAGGCGGAUGAGACUGACUUCAGCGUCACCAUCCCCGAUGAUCUCGGAAGCCAGUGUGCUACCGCCGGUGACUGUGUGUUGCAGUGGUACUGGUACGCCGAAUCCAUCGACCAGACCUACGAGUCAUGUGUCGAUUUCACUGUCGGUGGAUCUGGCUCGGCUCCCGUUGCGUCGUCGGCCUCCAGCGCUUCAGAGAUCGCGAUGACUACCACUCCAUCUGGCGCUGUUCAAACUCCUACCACCGCUGCCUCCACAACCGCUGCUGCUGAGCCUUCUUCCUCCACGGUUGCUGCUCAAGCUACCACUUUUGCCACCACUGCCCGCCCAUCGGCUACUUCUGCCGCGGCGCAAGCCCCUACCUCCAGCGCUGAGCCCUCCGCUAGCGCAUCGGCCCUGCCUUUCAACACUGGCAGUGCUUCAGAUGUCCUGUCCUGGCUCCAGGCCUUGUUCGGUAACCUGGUGGGUAACUAA